AUGGUUGACUACAAGGGACAGGCUCGUGCUGACACAGUCUUGGUGGCGUGCUUUGUGAUCAUCUGCACGCCAGCCUGGAUCUACGGCUAUUUCCAGCAAGACUUUACGUAUCCGUUGCAGGCGUGGAUGGCAGCUACAGUCCUCAGUGCACUGUUGGUUCUACCUAACUGGUCAUUUUAUAAUCGCAACCCGAUCAAGUGGCUUCCAAGUGCCAUGUACGUGAAGAAGAAAAGCGGUUAA